CGAACCAGCAUACGCCCGAGACAACUUCCCUGUUGGCAUAACCGUUGGCAUAAGGAAGAGGAAGCCGAGUCGAAAGAAACAAAGCUUGGGCGUCAGACUCCAGGGGUGAAGAACAACGUCCCUUUCUCCGUCACCACAUCAUUCUCGACGUCCCGCUAGUCAUGACCGACAUCAGCACAGCGCUGCCCGCAGCAUCUCUACCGGAACCAACAAGUUGCCCACCAGACGAUAAACCAACAACAUUACGGCAAAUCGUCUACGUCUCGCAAGCACGGACCGAUCUCACGUCCCGGCAACUGGCCGCCAUCCUCAACACCGCCCGGACAAAUAACGAUCACAACAAGAUAUCAGGGAUGCUUGUUUUCAAUUCGGGCCAGUUCAUGCAAUGUAUCGAAGGCCCAUGGUCCGAAGUCGAGGCCUUGAUGUCGGGAAUAAAGAAGGACCGCAGACACGAAUACAUGGCAAUACUGCUAGACCAGGCGAUCACGGAUCGAGAUUUCGACUGCUGGCUUAUGGGGUUCAAAGAUCUCAGCUUGAACAAGGCGUUCGCGGAGAACGAUGAUGUGAUCGAUGCCGACUUCCUAGGGCAUUUGGCGCAUCCGAGCAGGGCGGUGGCGUUGUUGGCAUCGUUUGCGAAGCUGUAGAUGAUUGAUGUGGACUGACGCUGAAGGCUACGAGGGAGGGGAGGAGGAUGGGGUUGCGGCGGCUGGAUGGAACAGACUUACUGUCGCAUCAACCCUCCGCGCGGUACGUUAUGAUAUGCUUUCCGAGUGGCGGCGAGAG